AUGCGAUCUCGUACAGACUUCUCGAGUCUGCGCAGUAGCGCCGACGCGUCAUUGGCCGAGCGUGGUUUGAACGCAUGGACGGUGCUGAUCUACGCUGCGAACGAUUUGGGUAAUACACCGUUGCACGAUGCUCUGAACCGGGACGGUACACUCGACGAUCGACGGUUGGUCGAAUUGUUGUUGAGAAGAGGCGCCGAUCCGAACCCGGUUAACGAGGCAGGAAAGACACCGCUGCACAUGAUUUGCAAGAGAGCCUCGAGUCAAGACGACCUGUUGGCGAUGUUUCCUCGGCAGGGGCAGCUCGAUGUCGUGGACAAAUUGGCCCGGACACCACUUCGAUGGGCCGUGGAAAAUCUCGUGCCUCGCGUGGUCGAUAUACUCUUGGAUCACGGGGCCAGUCUGUUCAGCUUCGUUUUUCCAACUGCCAGUGACUUUGCCGAGAGAUUGGACGUGCGAGCCUUCAGCAGCAUAUAUACACUAAUUUUAAACUGA